AAGCGAGACGUGUCAAGGGUCACAGAAACCACAGAGGAACAAAAGUUGGGUUUGCUGGAACCAGAAGCAGCUAUGGCAUCUAACAGCCUUUUCAGCACAGUGACACCAUGUCAGCAGAACUUCUUCUGGGAUCCGAGCGCCAGCCGGAGGUUCAGUCCGCCGUCCAGCAGCCUCCAGCCGGUCCCAGGGAAGAUGAACGAGGUGAGCCCCCCCGCGGGGCAGCCGGACGCGGCGGUGCCGAGGCUGCGGCCCCACGAGAACCGCAGCAUGGCGGAGAUCAUCGCCGACCACCCGGCCGAGCUGGUGCGCACCGACAGCCCCAACUUCCUCUGCUCCGUCCUGCCCUCACACUGGAGGUGCAACAAGACGCUGCCCGUCGCCUUCAAGGUGGUUGCCCUGGGGGACAUACCUGACGGGACGGUCGUCACCGUGAUGGCCGGGAACGACGAGAACUACUCUGCCGAGCUGCGGAACGCCUCGGGCGUGAUGAAGAAUCAAGUAGCGCGUUUCAACGACCUCCGCUUCGUGGGCCGCAGCGGCAGAGGCAAGAGCUUCACGCUGACAAUCACAGUAUUCACCAACCCGCCACAAGUGGCCACUUAUCACCGAGCGAUAAAGGUCACCGUGGACGGACCCCGUGAGCCCAGGAGGCAUCGUCAAAAGCUGGAGGAUCCGCCCAAAACUGGCCUGUUCUCAGACCGUCUCAGUGAGCUGGAGAGGAUGAGGGUGAGGGUGGCGGUUCCAACGCAAAGCCCCCGACCAGCCCUCAACACGGCGGCCAACUCCUUCAACCCACAGGGGCAGACGCAGAUAACAGACCCUCGCCAGUCCCAGUCCUCUCCUCCCUGGUCGUACGAACAGACGUACCCGUCCUACCUGAGUCCUAUGGCGUCCCCCUCGGUGCACUCCACCACCCCCCUGUCCUCCAGCCGAGGCACGGGCCUGCCUGCCAUCAGCGACGUGCCCCGACGAUUGCCAGGCUCGUCCGACCUCAGCCCGUUCCCCGGUCAGUUCGAGCGUCAGUUCCCGAGCCUCUCCUCCAUCACGGACAGCCGCUUCUCCAGCCCCCGCAUGCACUACCCGGCCACAUUCACGUACUCCCCGCCCGUCACCUCAGCCAUGUCGCUGGGCAGCGCCCACUACCACUACCUCCCCCCGCCAUACCCGGGCUCCAGCCAGAACCAGAGCGGGCCCUUCCAGACCAGCAGCACGCCCUAUCUCUACUACGGGGCCUCCUCCAACUCUUACCAGUUCUCCAUGGUUCCCGGCGGGGACCGCUCGCCGUCCCGGAUGAUCCCGCCUUGCACUAGCGCCUCCACGGGCACCUCCCUGGUGAACCCGAACCUCCCCACCCAGACGGAGGGAGGGGUGGACGGAGACGGAAGCCACAGUAAUUCUCCGACUGUUCUGAACCCCGGAGGGCGCAUGGAUGAAGCCGUCUGGAGGCCGUAUUGAAAAACGCCGAGGUCGA